AUGAAGAGGGUAUUCUCAUCUACUCAGGCAAAUCGCCUUUACACCAGGAUGGAGAAAAAUUUUCUUCGUGAGAGGAUUCAUACAUCUAGACGAGACUUAGCAAAGGUAGACAGGGAAUUGAUCGACCUAUUUUAUAUCCUUACCGCCAACAUGCAACCUGUAGACUGGGACAAGAUUGACGGAAUAACAUACCAAAAUAUGCAAAAUGAAUUGGAAAGAACAUCAGCUCGCCAGAAGAUCAAAUAUGAAAAACUGCAACCAAAAACCAAGCCGGAAUAUAGGAUAUCUCUUGAACCUGCUCGAACCGUGGUGAAUCUCACAGAUAAGACCCUUACGACAUCAGAAGUAACAUUAUUAGCGAAGGGAGGAAACUUUGCCAUAACACCGAAAGUGGUUCCAGUGGAAGACAUUAUUGCCGGAACAGAAGCUGCCAUACGUAACCUUCCUAACAGUAUCGCAGACGAAAUCCGAUUUGAAACGGUCAACAUAUUGAGAACUGCUAAGGCUCCAAAAAGUAAUCUGUCUAGGGAAGAACAUCAGGCUCUAAAAUCGCUGAAUGCUGACAAGGACAUUCUGGUCUUACCGGCAGACAAGGGGAAUGCUACGGUAGUAAUGAAGUCUGAGGAUUAUAGGUCCAAAAUCGAGGAUCUACUGGAGCCCCAGACUUAUAAGUUACUGAAGAAGGAUCCUACUGCCUUAAUUGUCAGAAACACCAACAGACUCAUCAAGGCCUCCUCACUCCCGGAACAUCUGAAAUCAAAAUUAAUUAACUCGGAAGCUCAACCACCACGCCUUUAUGGACUACCAAAAAUUCAUAAAGCUAGUGUCCCACUUAGACCGAUAGUGAGUGCUCCAGGAUCGCCUACUUACAACUUAGCUAAAUACUUGACUACGAUCCUACAACCGAAAGUCGGCAACACAAACUCUUAUGUGAAGGACUCAACGCAUUUCGUCCAAAAGCUAAAAGAUAUAAAACUGGAACCAUCUGACAUCAUGGUAAGCUUCGAUGUGGUAUCUCUAUUCACGAGAGUACCCCUAGGCGAGUCAAUGGAUCUAAUCAAGGAAUCAUUCCCACCUGACAUCGCGGAGCUCUUCCGAGUGUGUCUGACUGGUAGCUAUUUCUUAUGGAACGGCAAUUACUACGAACAAACAGAAGGUGUCGCAAUGGGUAGCCCAAUCAGCCCAAUAAUUGCUAAUUUCUUUAUGGAGAGAUUUGAAGAAAAAGCGCUAGAGUCAUCCGUUCUGAAGCCCGCUGUAUGGUUUCGUUAUGUGGACGAUACAUUUGUGGUUUGGAAACAUGGACGUGACAGCCUAGAUGACUUCCUUCAUCACCUUAAUUCGCAGAGCCCGAGCAUAAAAUUUACCAUGGAAACCGAAGUAAACAACCAACUGGCCUUCCUCGAUGUGCUUGUCAAGAGAAAUGGCGACCUUUUGGAUCACACCGUGUAUCGAAAACCCACUCAUACAGACCGGUACUUACACAAACUAUCAAAUCACCAUCCAAGCCAAAAACAGGGGAUUAUCGGAACAUUAGCAAAUAGGGCAAGACGUAUCUGUGCUAAUGAACACAUCCAAGAGGAACUAAGUCAUUUAAAUAAAGCCUUUCUUGCCAAUGGCUAUAAUGACAGAGAAAUAAAGGCGGCGCUGGCACCUAGGCAGAGGAGACCUGACGCCAAUGAACAGGAAAACAUCAUUAAUAAGGCCUUCCUUCCAUAUGUUUCCCAGGUCACCGAUAGGAUUGGUAAAGUUCUCAAGAAGCAUAACAUCAAAACCAUAUACAAACCUACCCGAAAAAUAAGGGACUGCUUAAGACCAGCAAAAGACAAAAGAGAACCAUUAUCCUCUGCAGGGAUCUACCGUAUACCUUGUUCCUGCGGUAGCGGGCAAACAGAGAAGUCAGCCGUAGCAGAACAUGCUCUAAGAGAUGGUGACCACAAAAUCCAAUUCGAAGACACCCAAGUCAUUGCCACAACAUCUGGAUAUCAUCCUCGUCUGGUCAGGGAAGCUGUUGAAAUUCACAAACAUCCAAAUAAUUUCAACAGGAAGGAAGAAACUUUCUACCUUAACAGAAUCUGGCAUCCAGCUAUAUCUAGGACCAAAGUAGCAGCACAGAGAAGUAGACCAGUUACGGAAGAACUACCACCCGAACAAGCCACGCCCCCUCCGCCGACGCAUAAAUACGCGCUACGCCGACGCGGAGGCAUCAGUCUAGAGGCGUUGGAAGAUUUAGAAGACGGAAUAAAGGUGAAUGAUAAACAUAUUAAUAUGAUCCGAUAUACUGACAAUACGGUGCUCCUAGCUAGCAAUGAGAAAGAUUUGCAGUGCCUGGUGGACAGAGUUAGCAGUAUUAGUCAGAGUCAUGGUCUUAAAAUAAACAUAAACAAAACAAAAUUUAUGAUUAUCGGCAAACUAAAUAUCGAAAAUAUCAGGACACAAGUAGAAGAUCAAAAUAUAGACAGAAGUAAGAAUAUUUAA